AUGUUGGAUCAUGUAUGUACAUUGAAAAUACCAGAUGAUGACAAGAAGUUGUCCUUCGGAGAAAGAUGGAGUUUAAUAACUCAAAUCAGCAGAAAGACACCCAGGGCAAAAAAAUAUUUCGACAGCUUGCAUUUUGAAGUCAAGCAUUAUGCCUAUGAAUUGUUUAGCACGCUUAUGCUGGCAAUUUUUAUAAUAUAUUGGUUCGCGUGUCUGUAUUAUUUAAUACCAGUGCUAACUUUUCACCUCAGUAAAACUAAUGCCAAAAAGUGUGCCGACUGUUGGAUGAUAAAAUUGGACAACAAUUCUAAAACAUUCAGAUUUCGAUGCGCGCUUUUUAUGGUCGUAGAUCAAAUAUCAGCGUCUGGUUAUGGUCAUUUGGUACCAUACUUGGAUGAUCAUAUAAUAUUGAACUGUAUUCUUCUUCUUAUCGGUAGAUUACUCGAGUUCUAUAUCGCAGUGAUGAUCAUUCGUGUAAGAAUGGGAAUAAAAGAACCCACGUCGAAGUUUCAAGAGAUAAUAAACCAACUGUUUGCUUAUGUAAAUCAAAAACAAUUGCCGAAACACAUAAAGAUCCGUCUCGUAGCUUAUUAUUAUCAUCGUUUCAGGAAGAAUUACUUUCGUGAGAAAACUAUCAUGCUCACUCUAUCAGAACAUUUACGUCAAGAAAUUGCCCUUGAAUCAUGCCAUCGCUUAGUCGAAAAUGUGUCGAUGUUCAGAAAUGUGCCCAAAUCUCUUUUGCGUAACAUCGUGAAGAAUUUGAAAUUCGAGCUUUAUCUACCGAACGAUGUGAUCGUGAAAGCAGGCGCCCAUGGUGAUUGUAUGUUCUUUCUGUCUGCUGGGACCGUUGCUGUGUUAACACCCACUGGAAAAGAGAUAUGUCACUUGGACGAUGGAGCACAUUUCGGAGAAAUAGCACUCUUGGUUCCCGAUCAGAGAAGAGUCGCAAGCGUGAUUGCAAUUGAAGUAUGCGAAGUAUAUCGUUUAAAUCGCAAGGAUUUUCGAAAAUGUAUUGCCGUGCAUUCAGAACUGUUUGCAAUGAUUGAAAGUAUUGCGACAGAAAGGAUCGAGAGGGCUGUAGUGAUUGAGGAACAGCAUAAGCGUUAUCUUAUGCGGGAUACUUCUCGUAUUGAGGAUAAAAAAGACAUGCCACACUUGUGA